UCUGUCACGAUUAAAGGGCAAAUGAUACAAAGUUGUUGAACGUGGACCGUCAAGUGAGUGAGUGAGUGAGCGAAGGAUCCAAGAAGUCGCUCUGAAUUGUGGCCAGAGAUCCCCUGAGGCCACCCAUCUUGCUAGUUGGUUCCAUUGUUAGUGGUGCUUGGGUGGGAUAUUUGUCGCUCAUCCAUGAUGCGUUGGGGAUCGAUGUGGGGCGUGUUGGUGGUGUUGGCCUCGUUGGAGUGCUUGUUGGUGCGGCGAGUGCAAGCCAAUAAUCUGGAGACCUUGGAGGACGGCGAGCUCCUCAAACUCAUUCGACAAGAGCAAUAUGUUAUCGUUCUCUUCUGUGAGAAUGACGUGUCAGGUCGAUGCGUUGACUAUGAAACGGAGUUGUCGGCCGUGCGUGAGGAUUUGGUGGAUUCGCUCAACGCUUGGGUUAUCCGCGCCCAAGAGAAGAGCGAACUCCGGAAAAACUUUGCCACGGAUAAUGAUCCGGUAGUGAUCUAUUUCCGCCGAGGCGUGCCUGCUCUCUAUCCGGGUACUGCCAAUGAGGAAGAGAUGUUGGCCGUGUUUUCUACGUACCGAGAGAGUUGCGUUCAAGAACUCACCGACACCAAUUUCGAGCACUUGACACAAGCCUCCACGGGUGCCACCACGGGCGAUUGGUUCGUCAUGUUUAUCAGGGAUGACUGCGAGGAAUGUGAUCGAAUGAUUGCGCGUUGGGAGACCUUGGCUUGUCUCCACAAAGGUCGUCUCAAUGUGGCCCGGAUCAACAAAAGCUCGACGGGAGCCGUGACUUCCCGCCGCUUUGAAGUCGGAAUUCCCCCGGAAUACAUCUUCUUCCGAUUAGGGCGUAUGUACCGGUAUACCAUCGAAAAGUACGACGUGGACUCGUUGUCUUCCUUCAUGACUGGCUUCUACAAGAAUGUCCAGGGUGAAAGCAUUCCUUUGCCCAAAUCACCUUUCGAUGAUCUCAUCCAAUUGUGCGUGGAUUACAUCCGCGACUAUCCACUGAUGGUGGCUGGUUUUGUGGCUUUGCCCAUUUUCCUGGCCCUGGUGUUUUAUUUCCUCCUUCGUUCUGAGGAAAAACCUAGAAGCAAGAAGAAGAAGACCACGUCGACCAAGAAGAAGUCCAACUAGAUCGUUGAAAGAGCCCCACCCAGGUCUAACUGAUGAGGAAAUAGGCUGUGAUAUCCAGACGAUCAUCCCGUUUUGCCUACUCGUAGAAUGCCGUUUUCUUGCAUUUCAGUUUAUUCGUUCAUUCAUUCCACUCCUAUUUUCUCUCUGUUUUGUUACAUUUUUUACGCCCUGCUAGAGACGCUAGACAGGAGUUUGUAAGCGAAAUAGAUAAUAACCCUCGAUUAUAUCU